GCUUUCUUUUAUGGUCGGCAGUUGAAUAACAGCAUCCAGGUAGAAUGGGGAGAAUCAAGUAUGAUAGAAGCAGAGAGAUUACUAUUUGAAGCUGCUCUAGAUGAUCCGGCAAAUCAGAGAUUCGUUCUUCUCUCGGAUAGCUGCAUACCCUUGUACAGUUUUGGCUAUGUUUACAGCUACUUAACGUCUUCUUCAAAAAGCUUUGUGGACAGCUUUAUUGAUGUUAAAGAAAAUCGCUACGGUCCUGAGAUGUCUCCUGUCAUACCAAAGGAAAAAUGGAGGAAAGGAUCUCAGUGGAUCGCGUUGAUCAGAAGACAUGCUGUAAUUGUCAUAGAGGAUGAUAUCGUUUUUCCGAUUUUCAAGAAAUUUUGUAAGCGUUGGCCGCCUGCAGACCUAAUAAAGAGAAGGCAGAUACUGCAGGCUUUUGAGGUAUUUCAGAAUGGCCAUAACUGUAUACCUGAUGAACACUACGUCCAGACGCUGUUCAAAAUGAGUGGGCUUGACAAUGAGCUUGAAAGGAGGACAUUGACCUACUCAUUAUGGAAUCAAUCUGCUGAAGGAGGGGAAAGGAGGUCUUGGCACCCUUUUAGGUUCAAUCAUGCUGAUGCAAGUCCCCAACUAAUCCAAGAAAUAAAGGUCAUCAACCAUGUUUACUCUGACUCUGAGAACCGCAAAGAGUUGUGCCAUGUUAAUAUUACGAUUGCACCUUGUUUUCUAUUUGCAAGGAAGUUCACACCAUGGGCAGCCGUGCGCCUGUUGACUGAUCGCUCCGUCGAUCUUCAUGAUGCUGAUUCUGUAUUUCAUGCAGCACCUUGACCACCAUUUAUUUGUGAAGAAAAACACAGAUAGCACACAAGAUACCAUUUUCUUCUUCAUUAAAGCUUUCAGAUAAGAGGAAGAUGAUUUCCCCCUUCUUCCUUUUUUUUUUUUCUUUAAUUAAUGUUUAAGUUAAUAUGCAAGAAUUAAUAUAGACUUAGGUGCUUCGAUA